AUGGCGAACAACACUUUCGCGCCCUUAUCGGAGGAUGAAUUGAACAAGCUGGCCAACUUGGCAAUUGGGGCUAAGGCGAAAGCAUACUGCCCGUACUCCAACUUCCGUGUCGGCGCCUCUAUUCUCCUCUCGGAUGGGACAUUCCACACGGGCGCCAACGUCGAAGUCGCUGCCACCCCCGUGGGCAUCUGCGCGGAGCGGUGCGCCAUCGCCCCGAUCGUGGCCUCGAUGCCCCGUCCAGAUAUGCCCGUCAUCCGCGCCAUCGGGGUCGCCACGGACAUCUUCCCCCCGGCCUCCCCUUGCGGGAUGUGUCGACAGUUUAUCAACGAGUUCGCCACCUCGCGGGACUUGCCGAUCUACAUGUACGCUGUUACCGAUGAGUUUCGGACCGAAUGA